GGGAGAAGUCGAUUGGUCGGACGGUGGAAAAAAUUGCUCGUACCAACAAGAAGGAAGCGAGUGUCCCGUUCAUGGUCUGCUUCGAAGACCGGCUGUUGCCCUUCGUGGAAUACCAGAGACGGGUAAAAGGAACGAGAUGUAGAGAGAUGGGUAAAAGGAAGGGGGAUGUAGAGAGAUGAGAAUCUUUGUCGCGGUUUCCCCUAUAUAAGCAGCGUUUCCUCGGGAAUUGAGGUAUAAUCGUCUCAGCUUUUACGUAGUGUAUCCACACGUUUCAACCACAACCAACAAUGUUCAAAACGCUGUUGUUCGCUGGAUUAUUGGCGGUCGCUUUGGCUGCACCGUCGCCCGCUCCUGCACCAGCCCCGGCACCAGCACCAGGUCCAGCACCCUCGGCAUCUCUGGUCGCAGCUCCCCUGGCCGCCGCUCCAUUGGCUGCACCAGCUCUUCUCUCGAACAUCGGAACACCCCUUCUCUACUCCAACUACCCGGCGCCUAUUCCCGUUGCUAGUUACGCGCCUGCUUCCUCUUACAUUUACAAAGGCUACGUCGUCUAAUCAGCCUACGAUCGACGAGACGACAUGGAUCGAUCGAGCGAUCGAGCGACUGAACCGAACCAUCGAGUAAUCAACCAAUCGACUCAUCUCUUUCUCAUCCUGAAAAGAUCAAUAAUCGCAUCUCUGUACUUUCCGUGAAGUAUCGUUCGUGCUUCGAUUCUCCGACAAUGUUCUUAUACUUUUAGAUUCGGUAUCAAUAAAACUGUUCAAACGCAAA